GCGGCCCGGGUGACUUCUCUGGCUGCUCUAAGGCUCCCGGCUCGCCGCCAUCUUGUAUUGGGUCUUCAUUGUUCGCGCUGGGCCGGGCGGUUUAGUGUAGUUGCCGCCGAAGAAGGCGGCGAGUAACCUCCGGUCAGCCAAGAAACCCCACUAUUCCGCAGCCAUAGCCGCUCAAAAGAUUUGUGAGGUAGGAAAGGGUAGGGAGGUGGACCCGGAGGCGCCGCCGCGACAGCAGCAGCCAUGGAGGACGAAAUGCCUAAGACUCUAUAUGUCGGUAACCUUUCCCGAGAUGUGACGGAAGCUCUAAUUCUCCAGCUCUUUAGCCAGAUUGGACCUUGUAAAAACUGCAAAAUGAUUAUGGAUACAGCUGGCAAUGAUCCAUAUUGUUUUGUGGAGUUUUAUGAGCAUCGUCAUGCAGCUGCAGCACUAGCUGCUAUGAAUGGGCGGAAGAUAAUGGGUAAGGAAGUCAAAGUGAAUUGGGCAACAACCCCCAGCAGUCAAAAGAAAGAUACAAGCAGUAGUACCGUUGUCAGCACACAGCGUUCACAAGAUCAUUUCCAUGUCUUUGUUGGUGAUCUCAGUCCAGAAAUUACAACUGAAGACAUAAAAGCUGCUUUUGCACCGUUUGGAAGAAUAUCAGAUGCCCGAGUGGUAAAAGACAUGGCAACAGGAAAGUCUAAAGGAUAUGGCUUUGUCUCCUUUUUCAACAAAUGGGAUGCCGAAAACGCCAUUCAACAGAUGGGUGGCCAGUGGCUUGGUGGAAGACAAAUCAGAACUAACUGGGCAACCCGAAAGCCUCCAGCUCCAAAGAGUACAUAUGAGUCAAACACCAAACAGCUAUCAUAUGAUGAGGUCGUAAAUCAGUCUAGUCCAAGCAACUGUACUGUAUACUGUGGAGGUGUCACCUCUGGGCUAACAGAACAACUAAUGCGUCAAACUUUUUCGCCAUUUGGACAAAUAAUGGAAAUUCGAGUCUUUCCAGAUAAAGGAUAUUCUUUUGUUCGGUUCAAUUCCCAUGAAAGUGCAGCACAUGCAAUUGUUUCUGUUAAUGGAACUACCAUUGAAGGCCAUGUUGUGAAAUGCUACUGGGGCAAAGAAACUCUUGAUAUGAUAAAUCCCGUGCAACAGCAAAAUCAAAUUGGAUAUCCACAAGCUUAUGGCCAGUGGGGCCAGUGGUAUGGGAAUGCACAACAAAUUGGUCAAUAUAUGCCUAAUGGUUGGCAAGUACCUGCAUAUGGAAUGUAUGGCCAGCCAUGGAACCAGCAGGGAUUUAAUCAGACACAGUCUUCUGCACCGUGGAUGGGACCAAAUUAUGGAGUGCAGCCACCUCCAGGACAGAACGGCAGCAUGAUGCCUAAUCAGCCUGCAGGGUAUCGAGUGGCAGGGUAUGAAACCCAGUGAAAAGGACUCCAGGAUCUAAAGCUAGUGGCUUAAGGCUACAGGGAGUGUAGUGAAGCCGUUGUUUACUUACAGAUUUAUCAAAUCAGUCAGUGCAAAUGUCAGAUACAAUGUAUUUAUUUAAAAGAUUCAUUUUUUAAUCAUGAAAUUACUUAACCAUCCGCAUUGUUUUAAAAAGAAAACAAGAUGCUGGAUGUCUGCCAAUUUUUGCCUUCAUUACCUUUUUUGAUAAAGUUUCUCAGAUCCUUGUCUCAAAUACAAAUGCAGGGAUUGCUGCCACUUUUUUAAAAUUGAGGCAGAAAAUUGCACAAUAUUGAACUUUUUUCCACUGAAGUAGUGUGCAGUUCGUUUGCAUUCCUGAUAUGAUUUAAAACGUGUAAUAUAAAGAUGUAAAAAAAAAGAAAGAAAAACCAAAACUGUGCAUAGUCUAGAAGUUCUUUGUAAUCUUCAGCUUAUGCACAAUUCUGUUUUAGGUUUUUUUGAAAUAGGCAUUGUUUGAGCUGUCCCAUCUCCACUGUUUUCCCUUUGGGGUUUUUAAAUAUAAAUUAUUAGUUAACAUCAUUUUUGUAUCUACAUUUUUUCACAAAUUUGUCUUGCCUUAUUAAAGUUCUGUAAAAUAUACUUAAAUGGGAAAAAAAAUGAUGUUCAUUUAGAUUGAAAACUUUUAUCAGAUGGAUUGAUAAUUGCAUUCAUCUUGUGUUUUAUAUGAGAAGGUGCCUCAAGAAUUCCCUGUUGAAUUUGUUUAAAAGGGUUUUUAUCUUCUGUGAUAAACUUUGCCAUGUACCAGGAAAUAUAAAAACAAAAAUUUGUUACUAAAGAAAAUCUCUGAAAUGUGAUAAGUUCUUAUGAACCCAUGUUAAUUUCAUGUGUCAACUUCUACAUUUACAUGUAUUAUUUCAUUAUGUAAAAUGUUUUAGCAAUUUAAUAUUUUGCACAGUUAGCAAACUUUGUAUGUCAUUUCCUCCUUAAAGGCAUCAUGCAGAGUUGACAGGAGAUUUAUAAGGUUUUGUUUGCAUGUGAAUAUCAAAUACACACUUUGGUAGUCUUUAAAUACAAAGUCAUCUGCUCUUGUUUUUCAAGAAUUUUGAGACAUGAAGUUGUAUGUAAAGAAAUAUAUUAAUUUGCCAUAUUCUAGUUAUAUUUACUCAAAAAGAGUAAAUCAACUUGAUUUUAAUAUGUACAAAUGAUAGCUGUGAAACUGUAGAAUAUCCUUAUAUCAGGCUUGGGGUUCCUUGUGAAGUCCAAAAUUAGCCUGAAUGACCAGCCGGGCAAAGCAUUUUUUAAAUGUUCAGAGGCCAAAAGAUAAACAAACAAAAAAACCCCCUUGAAAUCCUACCUCCUUAAACAGCCUUCAAAGAGGAGAAUCCUCAGUGCAAUCAUUACUUUGAUUCUUUUGGUACCUGUUUUCCUGGAGUUCCCAAUGUUAUUAUUUUGGGGUGGCUCCGAGCAUUAAGAGAUUUAAUCUUUGAUGGCAUUGUUCUAGUUUUGAAAUUUCUAGUACAUUUCAGAGUCUCUUGGAAGAAUUGUGGGAGAUUUUGUUUUGUUUUGUUUUCAGUGAAAGUCACAAACUCUCCUCUUCUUUGACUCACAAAGGGGAAGGGUCCCCAGUAUACCUAUUUGGAUACUUGGUUGUUUUCAAGACCAGAGAGUUCCUGGUGUUUUAUUUAGGAACAGAAAAGGCCUGUGGAAUCUUAAGAGUUUCCUGGCCUGUAUCUUCCAAGUAGGAGCAAAUGUCUCUAAGCUGGUCUCUAAGCCAAUACUCCUGUAAACCAGAGCCCAGGAAAGACAGCUCAUAAGUGUAUAGUUCUCUGGAGCUCAAUUCUAUGCAGUUGUAAACACUUGGAAAUUUUAUUUCCUUGUUAACUUCUACAGAUCAGGGCAUGCAACCAAAAGCAGCUUAAAUGAAAUACUCAAAAAAUAAAAUAACAGGAUGCUGUUUUUAGAUUCUUCUGAUUUAUGUUCCUGUUUUAGGACCCUCAUUAUUUUUCUCUUAUUCAAAAAUGUUUUGUGUCCUAUACAUCUGUGGACUGCAGGGUAAAUUAUUUGGGCAUAAAUAAUCUAAGCAAAAGAAUAAUUUUUCUUUCAUUUUGACUAUCUGAAAUAAUAACACUUUUUAUUAGCCAAUAUUUUCUUACUGCACAGUUCUAAAAUGUACAUUGACUACUUUUUGAGAAGAAAGUAGUAUUACUCAAAGGGUUACUACUGAACAAAUUUGCAAUUCAGGAACAUUGCUAACUUUGCUUUAAAUCUUACUCUCAGUGUUAAAUCAUUCAAAAAAAUUACAGUCUAAAAAUCAUACUGGUAUUAGUAUCAGGUAAGGAAAUUAAAGGUUUUAAAAUGGAUUCAUUCUCUGCAAUAUGCAUUCAGAUUUUACUUUAAAAUACAUCUGGUACUGUAAAGAACCUGAAGUGGUUCACACUUAAUGGGUCAUUAAUCCGGUAUUCUUUGCCCUGACUGUUUGGAUAUUAAAGUUCCUUUAUGUUUUCUAUAA